GCGGCGUCGCCCACCGGGCGGGGCCUGGGCGGGCGCGGGGCGGGGACUGGGCCGGCGCCGGGUCCAGCUGGGCGCUCCGCCAGCUGCGUAAACUCUACUGGAGCGCGGCGGUGGAGCAGGCAUUUGCAGCUGUGAGGAGGCAGCCAGAAGCAAGCUUCUGGAACUGAAGGAACCUGAGACAGAAGCUAGUCCCCACUCCGAAUUUUACUGAUGAAGAAGCUGAGGCCACAGAGCUAAAGUGACUUUUCCCAAGGUCGCCCAGAUGGAGUACCUGAGAGCAUCCCAAAGAGACGAUUGCAGACUAAACUCUAUGGAGUAACUUGAUUAGGACCGACCCCAUCUUCCAGUAAGGAGGCCCCUGAUGCCUCUGUAGCCAAUUCUGCAGACACCUGAGCCUCCAAGGCCUUCGGCCAAGACCUUUGGCGGUAAUUGGACGCUCGGGAUAAGCUGCUUCAGGGAGGACUGUGGGACUUCUCAGACAUCAGAAAAGUGAUGUGACGGAGCUGUGUGACCAUAGAAAGUGAUGUGUUAAAAACCAGCGCCUCCCUCUUUGAAAGCCAGGGAUCGUUAUCAUUCAUCUAACCUGCUGGGAAGAAGAACCAGUUGUCCAGGAUCCAAACCUUUCUGCGGCCCCAAGUGUUUGUGGUACUUCCGGAGGCAGGGCUAUGCUCACAUUCAUGGCCUCUGACAGCGAGGAAGAAGUGUGUGAUGAGCGGACAUCCCUAAUGUCGGCCGAGAGCCCCACACCGCGCUCCUGCCAGGAGGGCAGGCAGGGACCAGAGGAUGGAGAGAACAUUGCCCAGUGGAGAAGCCAGGAGAACGAGGAGGACGGUGAGGAGGACCCUGACCGCUACGUCUGUAGUGGGGUUCCCGGGCGGCCUCCAGGCCUGGAGGAAGAGCUGACCCUCAAGUACGGGGCAAAGCACGUGAUCAUGCUGUUUGUGCCGGUCACUCUGUGCAUGAUCGUGGUGGUAGCCACCAUCAAGUCUGUGCGCUUCUACACGGAGAAGAAUGGACAGCUCAUCUACACGCCAUUCACUGAGGACACGCCCUCGGUGGGCCAGCGCCUCCUCAACUCUGUUCUCAACACCCUCAUCAUGAUCAGCGUCAUCGUGGUUAUGACCAUCUUCUUGGUGGUGCUCUACAAGUACCGCUGCUACAAGUUCAUCCAUGGCUGGUUGAUCAUGUCUUCGCUGAUGCUGCUGUUCCUCUUCACCUAUAUCUACCUUGGGGAAGUGCUGAAGACCUACAAUGUGGCCAUGGACUACCCCACCCUCUUGCUGACUGUCUGGAACUUCGGGGCGGUGGGCAUGGUGUGUAUCCACUGGAAGGGCCCCCUGGUGCUGCAGCAGGCCUACCUCAUCAUGAUCAGUGCACUCAUGGCCUUGGUGUUCAUCAAGUACCUCCCAGAGUGGUCCGCGUGGGUCAUCCUGGGCGCCAUCUCUGUGUACGAUCUCGUGGCUGUGCUGUGUCCCAAAGGGCCUCUGAGAAUGCUGGUAGAAACUGCCCAGGAGAGAAACGAGCCCAUAUUCCCUGCCCUGAUAUACUCAUCCGCCAUGGUGUGGACGGUCGGCAUGGCGAAGCUGGACCCCUCAUCUCAGGGUGCCCUCCAGCUCCCCUAUGACCCGGAGAUGGAAGAAGACUCCUAUGACAGUUUUGGGGAGCCUUCAUACCCCGAAGUCUUUGAGCCUCCCCUGACUGGCUACCCAGGGGAGGAACUGGAGGAAGAGGAGGAAAGGGGUGUGAAGCUUGGCCUCGGGGACUUCAUCUUCUACAGUGUGCUGGUGGGCAAGGCAGCGGCCACGGGCAGCGGGGACUGGAAUACCACGCUGGCCUGCUUCGUGGCCAUCCUCAUUGGCUUGUGUCUGACCCUCCUGCUGCUUGCUGUCUUCAAGAAGGCGUUGCCCGCCCUCCCCAUCUCCAUCACGUUUGGGCUCAUCUUUUACUUCUCCACGGACAACCUGGUGCGACCAUUCAUGGACACCCUCGCCUCCCAUCAGCUCUACAUCUGAGGGACGUGGUGCGCCACAGGCCUCAAGCUGCCUGGAAUUUUCACUGGAUGCGGUUGUAUAGUUUUACACUCUAGUGCCAUAUAUUUUUAAGACUUUUCUUUCCUUAAAAAAAAUAAAGUGCGUAUUUACUUGGUGAGGAGGAAGCAGAACCAGCUCUUUGGUGCCAGCUGUUUCAUCACCAGACUUUGGAUCCCUCUUUGGGGAGCGCCUCACUUCAUGGACAGGAAGCACAGCGGGUUUAUCCAGAUGAACUGAGAUCAGAUCAGGGCGGGGAAAGCAUCCGGCAUGAGGGCCGAGAUACAUAAAGAUGUGCCUCUGUUCGGGACCAGGACCGAGUGCUCGGGAGUGGCGCCUGGCACCUGGGUCCUCUGGCUGGAGAGGAAAAGCCAGUUCCCUACGAGGAGUGUUCCAAUGCUUUGUCCGUGAUGUCCUUGUUAUUUUAUUGCCUUUAGAAACCGAGUCCUGUUCUUGUUAUGGCAGUCACACUGCUGGGAAGUGGCUUAAUAGUAAUAUCAAUAAAUGGAUGAGUCCUGUUGGAA